AGCUACUGGCUAACGGGCUAAGCUAGAGGUCUCCGUCAGCAGGAGGCGUAGAAGGCUGCAGACAACAAAAAGAGGCAGUCAAAUCAAAACGCUGAAGCUUCCUUGUAAAAUUGGACAGUCUUUACACAAGGGAAACUGCAAUUAGAGAGGCGAUAUCAUGUCCGAUUUUGACAGCAAUCCGUUCGCUGACCCGGAUUUCAGCAAUCCUUUUCAGGAUCCUUCAGUGACCCAGGUGACACAGUCUGCACCUCCUGGUGGUCUGGAGGAGUAUAACCCGUUCACAGAUGCCAGAACGGCAGCACCGGGAAAUGCCCCCAAACCGGCUCCUGCACCUUCCCAGAACACACAGCCUGCCAUCAUGAAGCCAACAGAAGAGCCUCCAGCUUACUCACAGCACCAGACUCAGGACCAGGCACGUGCUCAGGCUGAGUUGUUGAGAAGGCAGGAGGAGUUGGAGAAGAAAGCUGCAGAGCUUGAUCGUCGGGAAAGAGAGUUACAGUCCCACGGAGUGGCAGGAGGACGUAAAAACAACUGGCCUCCUUUACCAGAGAAGUUUCCAGUUGGCCCGUGUUUUUAUCACGAUAUUGCUGUGGACAUUCCUAUAGAGUUCCAGAAGACCGUGAAGAUUAUGUACAACCUUUGGAUGUUCCAUGCAGGCACACUCUUUGUGAACAUGUUUGGCUGCCUGGCGUGGUUCAUUGUGGAUGCGUCUCGUGGUGUAGAUUUUGGCCUCGCCAUGCUCUGGUUUCUGCUGUUCACCCCGUGUUCGUUCGUCUGCUGGUACAGACCACUUUACGGGGCUUUCAGGAGUGACAGCUCAUUCCGCUUCUUUGUCUUCUUCUUCGUCUACAUUUGUCAGUUCGGGGUUCACGUCCUUCAAACGAUUGGAAUCACUGGCUGGGGGACAUGUGGCUGGAUUGCAGCUCUAACUGGUCUGAACACAAGCAUCCCAGUGGGCAUUAUCAUGCUGCUGAUUGCAGCUCUGUUCACUGCUCUGUCUGUGAGUUCGCUCAUUAUGUUCAAAAAGGUGCACGCGCUGUACCGUACCACUGGUGCUAGCUUCGAGAAGGCUCAGCAGGAGUUCGCGACCGGAGUCAUGUCUAACAAGACCGUUCAAACCGCAGCUGCCAAUGCAGCCGCGAACGCUGCAUCCAACGCUGCUCGUGGGGCCUUCAAAGCUCAGCCAUAAACAUAAACUCCCAACAAGACACAUCCAAGCUUCUACACACGAUGGAGACACACAACUCUGGUCCUGCAGGCUCUCCGAUCAAACCGAUCACCUUUAUGAAUGUUUCAUCUGCACAUUUCUCUUUCUAAAGUAUGAAGGAAAAUAACAGACGAGGGCCCAGAGUUGUGUGUCUUCAUCCAAACUGAAACACUCGUAAAGACACUACAACAUGCACACAAUCUGCUUUACAGUCAGAGGUGACCGCCUGCUCACGUCCACUAAGUGAAUGGAGGUGUGUUCUGUGUGGGAGGGUUUCGUCUCACACACUUACCUUUGCUUCUCUUGCCCUUCAGUUCCCCUCGAGGCAGGCUCCCAGAUCAGGCAGGGGUUCUAGCGUACCUUGUGUUUUUUUCAUGGUGAUGACCUCCGAACAGCUUCAGUGUAGACUCAUGAGAAGUUAUAAUCUGAUUAUGGUGGUGUUCGCAUAGUUCUGUUUUUUUUCUUCUUUUUUUUUUUCUUUUUUUAAUGGCUGAAUCUGUGUGAAUGUGCGCUUCACCUAAAAAAAGUGACUCUGAGCUACUUAUUUAUUUUAGUAAACAUUGGACAUGGAAGGUACACUAUACCUUAACCAGUAUCUGUGCUUUUGUAGCAAGACAGUAUAAUUCUCAUGAUAAAAAAAGAAAUGGUUUCCUAUAAAUAGGAAUAUGUAUGUUCUUAUUUAAGAACCUGCCCCAGAUCUCAGUUGAAUAUCUUCUGUGUGCUUCUUCAGUUGGGCUGGUUCAGCAUGAUAGUAAUAAGCAUGUUUAGCACACUCAAGCUAAAAAAAAUAGAGGAAAAACAUGGACACCAUUAUUCUCUCCACUGCCGUUUAUCAGGCUUACAAAGGCAKGUUUGGGGGAACUUUUGCCUUAUUUUCCCCAAAAAUCUUUGGUGCGAACUGCGAAGUGAUCGCAUGUCCUGACUGAUGAGGUUGGUCUCGAUUGAAAUGACCUGGUGCAUUCAAACACAAGUUCUGAAAAAAUGUCUCCAUUUCUUUAUAUGUUUAGCAUUCGCACAAUACUCAAGUUUGUGGCUCUCACCCAGUUUUGUUUGUAGCCAAUCACCCGUGUUGAAAAACUAACGCUGCUAUUAAUCUGAGAGCUGCCUGAUUGUGGCCUCCUUUUAUCACGUUUCAUGUAUAAAAACAUUAAAAACAAAGGCACACUUCAUACAAACGGAGAACUGAGCUGCCUUUUCUCACACGAGAUGACCCAGACAGUGAUUGAAUUUGUCUCGAGUCCUUACGAUGCUGUGUAAAUGUUAACCACGUAUGCUAACAGUCCCAUUUCCACUCGUGUUCCUCUGUCAGUAUUCCUCUGCUGGAUUACUGGUAACAGAAAACUUGUAGCCAAAAUGAACAUGAACGAUACAGGGAUUCAACUUGAUGCUCAUUGAGUUUGAUCACUACGAUGCAUUCAUUGACAAACACUAACRUUGUACAAACUGCUGUCACUGAAGUAAAAUGUGGAUGUGCGAUUUACUAUUUUUUUGUUAGUGAACGCCUGAAGAUGUGAAUGACAUGAAUGAUGGCUGCUGUAAUUACUCAAAAAAAAAAACUUAAAGGUCUCAUUAAUUAAUAAGUCUCUUAUUGCCAUGGUAGUAUUGCAUUUGUCUCGAUUUGACUUUGAACUCAUUGCACAUUUCUCGUUUUACUGUAAAGUCGGCGCAAAACGUUUUUAUUUAUGGUAUUAAGUUAUUUGCAUUUGUCUUUGUGUUGAUUUUUUUUAAUAAUGUUUUAUUUUGGUUUGUGUGCUGGGCUGCAAAAAGUGUUCAGUGGCUUUGCAGCUUAGCCCUGCAACGUGAGCUUGUUGUAGGAAGGUGUGUGUGUGUGUGAACAGUUAUAAGAAAAAACCCUGAAUUGUUAAAAUGUUCUGAAAAGCUGUGAGAAGUCUACCAAAUGUCCAUAUAAAUUUGUUUUCAAACCUUGCUUUGUGACGCUUUCCCAUCUGUUUUACCUUAACUUAUUACGACACUUUGCUGCGCUCACCCUCAUGAUUUCCAUGCAUCCUUACUUUGAAACCAUUAUCUGAAGCCUUUUUGCCACAGUGGGUAGUUUUCUUGGUGUAUUUUGGUGAGCUGAUUUAAAGUACAGAACAAUGUGUUUUGAAGUCUGCUGACAGAAAACUGUGUUUUUUUGACCUGUGAUAGUGUUAUUGGACAGGAAUGAAGAGGAAAAGGGACACCUGUAUAUUUURUAAAGUUUGAUCCUCAUCAAUCACAUGUAAAAAGAAAAAAAAGUGAUGCACUGUCUGGCUUUUGUCGCAUGUGAAAUAGUUUCAGUUUUGUAUAUUUAUGGUAUUAA